UCUUCAACCCAUCUAUCACUCUCUGCUCAGCAAUAUCAACCAUAACUCAUUCCACUCAACCUUUAUUCAAAAAUUUCACCUGAAACAUCAAAAACCCCGGCCAGGAACCAUGUCCCUCGAAGCCGAAGCCCUCGAGUCCGGCCUCCUAGGCAUCGGUCUAGCUUCUGACUCUGAAGACGACUCUCCCACCACCACCACCACCAGCCUCAACAACAAAACCGAAGUCAUCGCCGAAUGUGCACCCCCAGCCACCAAAGCCGACCGCACCGCCCUCUCAGAAGAAGCCUUCCAAGAAUUAAAGAGAACUUACCGAGUGAAAGUUGAGAACGGCGAGAUCCACACCACCCUCCCCUUCCCCCUCGGCUCCCUCACCCCCUCCGGACCCUCCGGACAAAGAACCAUCAACAAGCCCGAAGCGCAAGAGAUCCUGCACGCGGUGGAGGAGCUCUACUUCUUCCGACGGUACGAGGAGGCGGUGGCGCUGAUUCAAAAAAUAUGGGAGGAUGCGGGAGAGGAACUGUUUGAUCGGGACACGACGGGGUUGUUGAGGUUGUAUGAGACGAGGUGUGGGGAGAGGUUGAGGGGGGUGAAGGGGGGGCAGUGAAAGGGGAUGUAAGGGGGAGGAGGGGGAAGGGGAUGAGAGCGAUGGAGGAGAAGAUAGGUUGGUGGAAUCAAUGAUACCCUUUUUUGUGCGUUCGUGA